CACAGCAGCAGCAGGGAGUGUAGCGUCUCCACCCCCAGUGCGCGUCCAGACCGUCCUCCCCAGCAUGUUUGACGCGGGAGUGGGGAUCAUGCAGAGCUGGUUCUGUGCCUGCUGGGACAGCUCCUGGGUGUUGUACACCUGCGUCCUUCUGGUCCUGGUCAUCUGGGUGGCCAUGGCGACGCAGCACAGCUUCUCCUGGAGAAGCAGGAUGGCUCUUCUGGUCCGCAGGCUCCGGCGGAGGGGGACAGAGGACGAGGGAGAAGGUGCAAAGAAGCGGCGGGUGAAGCAGCUGCGUGACCGGCUGUGGUGGGACCCCCCACGCCGCGCUCACCGAGCCGCCAGGCGCCGCUCCAUCCGCCAGCUACUAUGUGACAACUCAGACUGUGCCCUGUGCGACGAGGCGGCCCGGCAAGCCGAGCGGCUGGUAUACACCGAUAGGGCCAGCGCAUGGGUCCCUGCUGGGCCAGGGUCACCUCCUGCUCCCGCCUCCCACUCCAAAGGGAGAAACCUGCUCGGUAGAGGCCUGGAUGUGCUGCAGUGGUGCCGCUCUAGGACAUCUAUAGGCGACCAGGUCCUCCCACCGGCACAGGGCCCCUUCCCACCCAGCAAGUCCCGCUCCCCUCCCGAGCGCCAGGCAGGCAGCCGGAAAACGGAGUGCCGCCCGCCGAGGGAGGAUGAGGAGAGGCUGUCCCGCCCACAGCAGGCCAAAGGCUCCUCCACAGAGCAGGACGAAUGUCUCUUCUGCUCCUCUCUCUGGGCUGAGACUCUCCUUCGCGGGCAAGAGCAGGCCCAGAGCUCCUCUUCUCUCCAGCACGAGCCGCCCCUACUCGCUUGGGAGCUGAGAACUGGGUCGAGCCAGCACGAGCCAUUUCUUCCCAGGCAUGAGGAGUACCCCGGCCCCACUCCUGCCCAGCAUGAGCCCUUCCCUCCAAGCCAAGCGGAACAUGGCUGGGUCGGGAGUUUCCUGCACAGAGGCAGAGCAAGGAGCCCCCAGGCCGCUCCCCAGAGGCAUGUGCAUCGCCCCGAUUGGAUGCCGUUUUUGGCCAAGUCCUCAGGCGGGACCAGGAUGUCAGGGCGGGAGGCCAAACGCCAGCGAGACCAAGAAAGCACGGCACCCAGGGCCACGGGGGAAGCUCCGAUGUCUCUAGCUGGGAAACCCCUGGCGCGGGUCAGCCCUGGAGCCCUGCGUGUGCCCGGCAGGCUCGAAUUGGCCGAAGUGGAGACCCCCUUCCUCCAGCGCGACGUCAGGGAGAGUCUCGAGCGGCACGUCCAGGUAAAGAGGCUGCAGCACACCCUGGGGCUGCCCUGCACCCUGCAGAGCGCUUUGAAGAUCUUCAUGCCCCCAGCACCGAAACGCAUCGCCCGCAAACCCUCGGGGGCAGGCAGGGUGGUGACGAUGCCACAGGCCCUGCCCUUCCUGAGCGUCGGCUCCAGGACAGAGCUGGAGCGGCAUCUGCAAAGGAUGGUGCAUCUUAAGAGAUGGGGGCUGCCCAGGAGGAUCCAGGAGUCCUUGAGGCUGCUGAUGCCAGCCACACCUCCACACCCCCGGCUCGGCCCCCUGCCGUCUGGGAGAUGGGCUCCAAGGGGGCCAGGCCCAGUGACGAGUGCAGCCCAGACGCCCAGCCUCAGAGCUAGAGCCCCAACCCAGGCCUCCCAGGGCCCCGCCAGAGCGUCCAAAUCCGCACCCGGCUCGCACUGCUGCAGAGACACCCGGGAGAUGCAAGGGCACAUUGCCAGGAAGGGCUUGGAAAUCAGACUAGGCGCGCUGCCUGCCGUGCUGAGGAGCUCUCAGAAAAUGGCUGCCCUGGGGCGCAGAGACCUGCUCCUGCCUAAACUGAUCCCCCCAGGCUGCAAGGCCCCCCUGGCCCGCCACCAGCUCUGCCCCCUGCUCAGCUGCAAGGCGGGCAGCGUGGAGCUCAACGUGAGGCACAAGCACAUCCAGUACCUCUGGGCUCUCCCCACCCUGUACGCGGAGUCCCUGGCCAAGAUGGUGCCCUGCCCGCCCGUGCCACCCACCCCCCUGCUGCCCCUGGGUGUGGCCAUCGAGUUCUACCCCCUGGAGACCCCCUUCAUGGCCCCCGAGGGCUGGGAGUUGCUGGAGAGGCAUGUCCUGAGGAAGCGGCUGCAGCACGAAUGGGGCCUGCCGGGCCUGGUGCGGCGAUCGCUGAGGUGUUUCAUGCCACCCCCGACCACGCGCCCCAGGCCCAAGGGGAGCGACUGGCUGGCAGCCAUGGAGCUCCGUGUCAGCAGCGGGGCCCCUCCCAUCCCUCUGGCCACCAAGAGGGAGCUGGAAGCCCACAUCCGGCGGAGGAUGGCCGAGAGGAGGUGGGGGCUCCCCAGGAGGGUGCAGGAGUCCCUGCGGGGCUUCAUGCCCCCCACGACCGCAGCUCCGGGGACACAUCCAGACACGCAAGGCAGAAGGGCCAGCCGGCCACUCAGGGGGCUGUCAGCGAGAAGGGCUCCAAGAGAAUCACCCUCCAGGGUGGCACCCCUGGGCCCCACAGCGGUGGCUGUCUCCUUAGCUGGGCCCCUGGGAACUGCAUGGCGCCAGCCCCUCAGCUGGGACACGUGCCACCAGCUGCUGGAGAGACAUUUGACAAGGAAAAACAUAGAGAUUCGUCUGGGCCUGAUCCCCCGCAGGGCCCAACACUCACAGGAAGCCGCCCGCCGGGUGGGAAAGCUCCCCUUGCCCCGGCUGAUUCGGCCGGGCCAGAGAUCCCUGGAGCUGCGGCCCCGGGAGCUGCUCUUCCUGGAGCAGGCGGCCUCGGAUCACCUGGAGCUCAACCUUCUCCACAAGCACCUGAGCUUCAGGUGGGGGCUGCCCACGCUCUACCGACAGUCCCUGGCCAAGUUGUUCCACUCAGGCCCCUCGCCCGCCCCGCCGCCCGUCAGCUCCCACGCAGCUGGGACCAAGUUCACGGAGCAGGAGCUGCCCUUCCUCCCACCGGGAGCCCGGGAGGAGCUGGAGCUCCACGUGAGGAAGAAGAGGCUGCAGCACGAGUGGGGGCCUCUGAUCAUCCAGAAAUCCAUGCAGGGCCUGAUGGCAGCUCCCCCCGGCCCCAGCCAGCCCAAGGCCCCUCCGUUGGCCGACAGGGACGUGGCCAUUCUCCAGCCUGAGCUGUCCUUCCUCAGAGAGGGCAGCAGACGAGAGCUGGAGCUCAACCUCCGCAAGAGACUCAUGCACCGGCGCUGGGGGCUGCCCAGGAGGAUCCAGGAGUCGGUGCGGCUGCUCCAGCCUGCCUCAGCCCCUGCGGAGUUCAGGCCUCGCAGCCGUACAGAAAAGGACGCAGAGGGCCCUUUCCUGCUGCCCUGGCACAAGAGCACCGUGCACCUGGAGCGGGGCGUGGGGAAAGCCAGGAGAGUGGUCGCUGCUCCCCACCCGCGGCUCAGCCUGGGACGUGACGCUCAGGAGCGGCUGCAGAUCCACGUGGCAAAGAAAUGUGUGGAGACCCGGCUGGGGGCCGUCCCCGCUGCAGUGAGACGCUCUUGGCAAAGGCUGCAUCUCGUGUCCCGGCUGCCCCUCCCCAAGCUGAUCCCUGCUGGGGACAGGGCCCCGAAAGCCAGGAGCCCCCUGCUGCCCUUCGUGCACCCGGAGGACGUCUGCCACCUCGAGCUGAAUGUGCAGCACAAACAUCUCACGGCCCUGUGGGGCCUGGGCACUCUCUACACCCAGUCCCUUAGCAGGAUGGUCUCCAGGGCGCCCCCUGGGCCGGUUCCACCCCGUGAAGCUGAAGUCGAGUUCUGGGCGCGGGAGGCUCUGUUCCUGGGCCCGGAGGCCAGAGAGGCCCUGGAGCUGCACGUCAGGAAGAAGAGGCUGCAGCACGAGUGGGGCUUCCCCGCACUCAUCGAACAGUCGCUCAGAGCCUUUGUGCCAGAGCCCCCGCUGCUGGGGCCGACCGCAGCCCGCCAGCGCGCCGAGCUGCACGUCCUUGUCCUGGGGCAGGAGCCUUCGCUCAUGGACGGGGACACGAGAGGCCGCCUGGAGCGUCACCUCCGGAAGAUGACGCUGCAGCGGAGGUGGGGCCUUCCCCGGAGGAUCCAGGAGUCCUUGUGGCUGUUUGCUGCUUUUGCCCCACCAGCUGGCCCGCAGCUUCCUGGGGCCGGUGGAGAAAAGGGCGUUGGGCAAAGCCGGCUGGGGCCCAGCCAGCCAUACAUCCCCGCAGGGAGCCGCUUGGCAGGAGACAGCAGAACCCAUGGCCUUGCUGCUGAGUGGAGGGAUGAGCUCCAGCGGCACCUCGCGAGGAAGUGCCUAGAGAUCAGGCUGGGGGUGAGGCCGUCCCUGGUGAAGAGAUCCCAGAGAGUGGCCAGGGAGGGGGAGAGGAUCCGCCUCCCCAGGCUGAUCUGCGCAGGCCAGAAGCCCUCCAAGCCCAGGGCCGGCUCCCUGCUCUGCCUGCCGCCCACGGCUGUGAAUACACUGGACAUGAACGUGAGACACAAGCAGCUGGUGUAUUUCUGGGGGCUGCCCACGCUGCAGGCGGCGUCCCUGCGGAGGAUGAUGCCGAAGGCUCCGGCUGUGCCGCUGGGGAGUGCAGCAGGGAGGGCCCGGAUGCAGAUGGGCCUGGGUGGAUGCAUGGGGGCUGAGGAGCCAGAGAGGAACGGCUACAAGGAGCCGCCUCUGGUCACGGGGCCGCCUCUGGUCACAGCCAAGGCCAGGCACCGUCUAGAGAGCCACAUCCUGAGAAAGAAGCUCCAGCACGAGUGGGGCUUACCUCGGGUGGUGCUGAGAUCCCUGGGCGCGUUCACACCCCCACUGCCUGGGAGGGGCCCCCCGAGGCGGGCCCAGGCCCCAGCCAGCGAGAGCUUCGCCACGGGCAGCCUGCUCUUCCUGCACACGGAAACCAGGGAGCGCCUGGAGUCACACGUCAGGAAACUGGCCCUGGAGCGGAGAUGGGGCCUGCCCAAGAGGAUCCUGGAGUCCUUAAGGAUGUUCCUGCCGCCUGCCCCACCAGGAGCAGAGCCCAGAGGCCAAACCCAGACCCUGCUCCAUGUCUCCCCUACACCCCCCCGAGGUCCUACAGCCCUCUCCAUGGGGCAAUUGGAAGAGCUCCAGCCAUGCCCCGGGGAGCCCCUCAGCCACCGGUCCCAGCACUGGCUUGAAAUGAGGGUAAAGGAGGGCAAAGCCAGCUGCCCUGAGGCAGUGUCCCAACACACCCUGGGGAGCAGCAGCAGGAGAAGCCAGGAGACCUCCCAGAAGAGCAAUGGGGAAGGGCCCACGCUGGCACGGGUGCAUCUUGCUUCUCCGCGAGCCGCAGCACACCGGCUGGACAUCCAUCUGGCGCAGAAGGCCCUGGGCUCCUUCAUCCUGCCGCCCUGCGUCAUACGCUCCCAGGCCAUCUAUGCCGACAUGGCAGCUGAGCGGCUGAGAGCCGCUGCCCAGGAACACAGGCGGGAAAUGAACAUCCGGCUGCAGCGCAGGAUGGGCCGGAGAAGCCAGCUGGGAGGGCCCCGUCAGGAAGCCCUGAGAGAAAGAACCCGCCCCGCGGGCACAGGAGAGCUGGGAUUCCCGAGAGCUGGCUCCUUGGGCCAGAGACUGAUCAGAGAGUCCCAGAGCCAGGCAAACCAGUACCUGUGUGAGACGUGCCAUGGCCUCUUCAUUGCCGGUGAGGAGGGAUUCAGCCCCCAGCCCUGUCCUGCCGAGGGGGCUGGGAAGUCAGACGUGGCGAGGACUCAGCUAGAGACUCAUGUGCGCCCGAGGGACAGGGAGACGUCAGGUGAUGUCUGCAGAGGGGAGGAAGGUGCAUCCUACCAGCGGUCUCGGGAUCUGAGCUGUGCAGCUGGCGCCCCCCCGUACGAAGGUCCCGCUGGCGCUGAGGAGAUGGUCGGGGACUGGGACAGCGAGGCCGUGGCAGCCUGGGAUGCGGAAGGAGAAGGCAGCCUGGGGUGGAAGGUGAGGAGGGACACCGAGGGGCGACGCGGCAUGAGAGAGAUGCCGGCGGAGGGGACAGGCCCCAAGGCUGGAACCAACAUGAGGCAGACAGAGGCCCUGGUGCUGACUGAGGCAUCGCCCGGGGCUGAACAGCCGCCCCGUGCACCUCCAGGGAGAGGUGCUGAGUCACCGUCCGUCCCCUGCAAGGGGAAGGGCUCCACCUUCAGGGGAAUCAUGCUGGGCUUCCUCAAACACGUCACCUCCAGGGCAUCGAUGGAGAAGAGAGGGCAGGUCGACAGGUCAGUGGCUGCACCACAUGGAGCCCCGCCACCCCCUCAGAAACUCGCCCCAUCCCCCAAGAGCGUGACCUUCAACGCCAACGUCCACGUGCGGGCAGAUGUCAGGAGAUGCCAGCUGUGUUCCAGCUCGGAGGAGAUGGACGGUGCUGGGAGAAAGGAGCCAGCCGCAGCCACUCGGACCAGGGGGCUGCCAGGGAAUGGGGCUCCCCAGGGAUCUGCGGCAGCCUCCCCUGAUGCCAGGCGAGGGGAUAGCAUGACCAGGGCAGAAGAACCUUCUCAAGAGGAAACAGGGCCCUCAGCAGAGUAUGGUGGAUACCAAGAAUGGGUGACCCUGAAAGUGACCAAAUGCAGGGAGGGGAAGGUGCAUGUCCCCAGUGGGACGCCGGCUGUGCCAGCGGGACCUUCUGCCCCGUUGCCACCACCCCCAGCCUGCCCCGCUGCCAGGGACGCCAGAACAACCGGCAGUCACAAGGGAGAAGGAGGCAAAGGAGUCUCACAGUCUGGCUCAGCAGCCCUGGGCUCCAACCAGCCGUCUCCCAUGGAGUCCUCCAGAACAAAGCUCAGAGAGCAGAGGGGUCGGGGACUCAUCCCUUCUCGCCCACGGGGCCACUCCAAGAGCCGGGUGGAAGGCCUGCGGUGCAGCGGCAGGGCCAGAGGACCGGACAGCGAGGGGAUCCUGGCCCGCAGCAGAGAGUGGAGAUCCAGCAGCAGAGGGAGGCCCACCGGCAGAAGAACAAGGUCCAGAAGCAGAGAAGGGGAAUCCCUGGUGGGAGAGGAAGUCCAGAAUCGGCAGGGCACACACAGGAGGCCCGGCAAGGCCAGGUCACACGGGGUGGCCACACCAGCCAAUGGCGUGGGAGGAAAUGCCACCGAGGACACAUCCGGGACAGUCGGAGUGUCUAACCUGGAGUGCCGUGGGUACCGGGCUAGGCUGGAAAUUGGGCUUCCGCAGCCAGGGUCACGUCCUGGCAAGAGCACAGGCCAGGUGUGCUGGUUCCACCAGCAUCGUGCUCAUGCCCACCUUCGCCACGUACACGACAGAACGCCAGCGCUGCGCAGAGAGAACCUGUGUGCCCUGCGGGAGAGGAUGCAGGCCCGGUGGAGGAAGCUGUCCCCGUCGCUCAACAGCGCCGCCUCCGAAGAGGAGAGCCGCCUCCUGUCCGUGGAUGAAAGUUAGGGUUGGGGCUUGCAGGUGGCUAAUAAAGCUCAAUUUUUGUGCAAUCUGCAGGAGUGAUCUGGGGCCCGACACAGCAGCACAGGGGAGGGGAGGG